CAGGUAGAGCAGGUAACCGUGGCAAGCAAUUCAAGGCAGCAGGUGUGUGUGAGAGAAGGCAGAGCCAGAGGGGGAGAACAGACAAACAGAAAGAAGAAACGGAGACUAACAAAACCCGGAAAGAUCAACACACAUUCACGACUCUGUGAGAUAAUCAAAGAAAGAAAGGAAUAAAAGUGGAGGACGAAAAGCAAACUCAGGCCAUGGAGGCCACAGUGGACGAGGAUGAUGGGACGUUCACUAACAUCUCUCUGGCAGACGAUACAGUGGAUGGUGGAUCUGCAGCCCUGUAUACCAAACAGGAGAACGAGCUUAUCACCAUGAACUGCGACAUAGAUGGAGACAUGGAGAAUCAGGUGGAAGUUGAGGAGAAGACGAGGUUGAUAAAUCAGGUUUUGGAACUUCAGCACACACUGGAAGACCUGUCAGCACGAGUCGAUGCAGUCAAAGAGGAGAACCUGAAGCUAAAGUCUGAGAACCAGGUCCUCGGUCAGUACAUUGAGAACCUCAUGUCGGCCUCGAGCGUCUUCCAGACCACCGACACCAAGAGCAAGAGGAAGUGAGUUACCCUCAGUAAAAAGCUGGAGUCCUGGGCCAGCAGCUGGGAGAGGAAACCCAUCAUGGAGACGUGGAGAGGGGUUUGUUUCCUCAGCAGAUAUGGGAGUUUCUUUAACCACUUACCCGAGUCAAAACUAACAAAAUAAAUAUCAAAUAACCCCAUAAACGGACUUAUAGAUGUAAGAAAUAUGUGUAUAUAAUUUCAUUUGGACCAGGGCUGUUUUUCAUCAGCUUCCUCUAAACACUACAAAGUAGAUGUCACCCCUUUAACUCAAUAACAGUAAAUUAAGAGGUUGAGGGUCUUCUUACCUCAAGUUUGUCCCUAAUGCUCGCUGUCAAUCCGAUAUGUGUAAAAACAAAACAAAACAAAGCUGUGUUUCUGUUUGAGGCCGGUUCUGAUUUCCUGCGAAUGUCCCGCCUUUGACGUGUUCUGUUUAAAGGCGACCCCAAAACAAACCACAGAUAUUACAGAUCCUCUUUGACCAUGAACCUCAUUAUCAGCACUGGUUUAAUUUAUUUAUUUUUGGUAAAGUAUUUUGUACGACAGCUGGAUCUGUUCAGGUCUUGGAUGUCACCUUGUCUCUGUAAAGCACGACUGUGUUCCUCCACUUAAAAGCUGGCAAGCUGAACAGUAUUAUGCAGAGUGUAUUUGGCAUGUUUGAGUGAUAUUUGUUUAUGUAUGUUUUUUUGUUUGUUUGUUUGGCCGAUUAGCAUAUCUACUGAGAUGUCAAUAAAUCAAUAAUCCCUGAAAACCAGACUGUAUAAAGUUACCAAGAACUUUUUUAAAUCAAGAGUAGGUGGAUCCAGGAUGUGCAGAUACCUUUGAAAGCUUGUUAGCAAUAUAAAUAAAAGCACAGAUACUAAAAGUCUUGUAAACUUGCACUCUGUACCAGAUUUUGUCUUUAUUAUCAUCACUCAAGUCGGAUUUUCUGUGUUUUUGCAGACCUGUGAACUUAAUAGUGCGUGUUUGGUCCAAAUAAUUCCAAAAGCCACGGGAUAAAUACUCUAAAAGUUGCAUCUGUUCCCUGCCUUCCCCUUUAACUGCAGGAGCAAAAAGCUGCAAAGAGGCCUGGAGUGUUAUCGAUCCAUUAAUCCAGGCCUGCAAGAUGGGUUUGAUCGUAAGAUGAGUUGAUGUACUCGGAGGGGGGAGGGUGUGCACAUUGUCGUCUUCUUCAGAUAAAAAGGGACGUGGAGGGGAGGGGCCAGGUGAAAUUUACUUUGAGCGAGGAUUUAAUUAGCUUUUAAAAUGAAUUUUCCCAAUUAUCCUAAACAGUAAUGUGCUUUUUGUAAAGUAAGGAAUUAGGAAGGCGAAGGGAGGCAGUGAGUGCUGUACAUGGUGUAAUUUAUUGAUGUUAUUUUGUACAGUUGUACAGUAGGAUUUUAAUUUGUUUCCAGCAUGCUGCCUGUGCCCUGCCUGCACACGUCCUCGUGUCAUCCUGUAUGUAGACGUUCUGCACCUUUGCCUUUAAAUUCUGUUUUAAUAAAAUCCUGAGAUCGAG